AUGCAUCACUCUUCAGCACGAGCGACAGUGAGAGAGAGAGAGAGAGAGGAGGGGCGGCUGCUGGCUUUGCAGAAUCUCUCUCGCCAGCCUGCAGGGUGGGAUGGCGGCGCUCGCCCCCCUCCCCCAGGCGGCCCCGAGGGAGCCGCGACGGGCGACGGGAAAUGGGGCCGGGGCGCAAGGGGGGCGGCGGGGCCACAGGUGUAG